GUUUGUUACUUCUGAGCCCUUUAGCAGCAGAGAAGCACUUUGAGCAAUAAAUCAUCAAAGAACAUUUACAGUAAUAUGCCGAGAGGGGACACAGAAACGGGAAAACAAGAAGCUUGGAGAACCAGCAUCUACCUGUCCUCAGGAAAAUCUGACUGGACCACAGGAAACUCUACCACUUCUCGACAAGAUACUGAAAGUAGCUGCUGCCUUAAGAUAUGGACUGCCAUAGCUUUGGUUCUUUUUGGAGGUCUCUUAGCUGCCUAUAGAGUUGUUGAAUACAGGUGGAUAUUACAAGUGGGUCCAAACAUCAGCCAGAACAUAACCGAGGCCCUGGGAUAUCAAGGAAAUAUAAGUGAAGAAAUACCAUGGAGAAAAUUUAAUGAUCGUUUGUAUUAUUUUGAAAAGAAUAAUAAACUUAAAUGGGAGGCUGCAGCUGAGUUUUGUCGUAAACACAAAGCAACAUUAAUAGUAUUCAGAGAACAAAAUGAUUGGGAAGGAAAUAAGGAAUUCAUUUCAAAUCACUCAGUUGGCAGCAUUUGGAUUGGAUAUACAAGAGAACCUGGCAAAACGUGGCACUGGGUCCAUGAAGCCAAAAUAAAUACAGCAAGAUAUCGACCAAAGAUUUUGCAAGACAAUGAUGGAAAUAAUUGUGCCAACAUGAUGAACAAAGAGUUCUUUGCAGCACCUUGUAAAUCACAUCAUUUUUUCAUCUGUGAAAAAUAUUUGUCUGUUAGUGAUUCUGUUGUAUAAUAUGAAGCUAAUGUGCAAAUAACCCCUGUUGAUGCUAUUUAAGAUUUGUAUUUAAGUAAAUAAAGUCAUUAUAUUCUGCUUAAGUUCUUGGUGUAUAGGAACGUAAACAUUCUUUAUUUCAGAAUUUCUUUAGCCUGGGUGACAAAGUCAAACAUUAUACGUUGGUAUGAUUUCACUUCUUCAUUUUUGGAGAGGAGAGUUUUUUCUCUUUUGAUGCUCACAUGGAGCUUGAAAAUAUCUUCCACAUAAGAAAGAUGACUUUUCUCAUCAGUCAUUCCAACGUAUCCACUUGAGGCUCUAUUAUUUAAUGGUCCUCUAUACCUUAAACUGAGGCUGCAAACCCAAACCUGGCUGAGACUUCCAGAAACGUCCCAUUGUGUCCUCCAAACCUUCUACUAUUACUAGGUGAUCCAGGCCAUGUAUUAUUCUAAGACUAAUUUGCCUUAUUUGGAGAUGCUAAUAUUUGUCUUUGUAAUGUGUGGGGUUUGUUAAUACCCAAAUCUAGUCCUAUGAGGAGAUGUCCUCCUUUUUAGCUCCCCUACAGAGAAAGCAUA